AUGGCUGUCACUAAACCAUCUAGCGGUCCUGACCCCAUUCUGCUCACGCUUUUCGCGAAUCGUUUCAUGAGCGUCGCAGAAGCAAUGGGCAGGUCUUUACAACAAACUUCGAUCAGUACUAACAUAAAGGAACGCUUGGACUUCUCCUGUGCACUCUUCGCCCCUGAUGGCGAUUUGGUCGCAAAUGCGCCGUUCAUCCCGAUUCACCUUGGAUCUAUGAGCUUCGCUGUGAAGUACCAAAUGAAAUUGCAUGGAAAGGAAUUGCAAGAUGGCGAUGUGCUGAUGACCAACUCUCCUCAUGCUGGGGGAUCCCACCUGCCGGACAUCACUAUUAUCACUCCAGUUUUUGAUAAAGGGACUAACGAGAUCAUAUUCUUCACCGCCUCCCGAGGACACCAUGCUGAUAUCGGCGGUAUACUGCCUGGGUCUAUGCCGCCCACCUCUGUGAAUAUAUUCGAAGAGGGAGCGGAAAUUGUGAGCCUGAAGAUCGUAGACGGCGGCGUGUUUGACAAGAAGGGGUUGUACGAGUACAUGGUCGACAAACCAGCACAGUAUCCGGGGAGUUCGGGCUGCAGGAACAUCAAGGACGUCGAGAGUGACCUCAAGGCGCAAAUUGCAGCCAACCACAAGGGAGUUCAGCUAAUCCGAGCAAUCGUUGAUGACUACAGUCUAGAAACUGUUCAAGAAUACAUGUAUCACAUCAGGACUAAUGCCGAGAACUCGGUUCGAAGUUUGCUGCGCGACGUUGCCAAACAGGCGGGAACUAAUGUUCUCGGUGCCGUCGACUAUCUAGAUGACGGAACACCAAUUCAGCUGAAGGUGGAGAUCAACGAGGAAGAAGGAUCCGCUGUUCUGGAUUUCGAGGGUACAGGGUGUGAAGUCAGGGGAAAUCUGAAUGCCCCGAUUUCAGUGGUGCACUCCGCCGUGAUUUAUUGCAUGCGUGCGAUGCUGAAUGUCGAUAUUCCGCUCAACGCUGGCUGUCUUGUUCCCAUUGAGAUCAAGAUUCCCAGAAAAUCACUUCUUUCCCCAUCUAGGACCGCUGCUGUGUGUGGCGGUAAUGUAUUGACCUCGCAGCGCAUCGUAGAUGUGGUUCUCAAGGCUUUCCAUGCGUGUGCUGCUAGUCAAGGGUGUACCAACAACUUGACCUUUGGCACGGGCGGUAAAGACAAGAAUGGUGCGGCCGUUGCUGGAUGGGGUUAUUAUGAGACCAUCGCGGGUGGAUCAGGAGCCGGCUCAGGAUGGCAUGGCACAUCGGGUGUACAUACUCAUAUUACCAACACCCGCAUUGGCGAUGUCGAAAUUCUUGAACGCCGCUAUCCCGUCCUUAUGCACCGCUUCGGUCUUAGACCAGGCUCCGCAGGAAAGGGUAAAUGGAAUGGCGGUGAUGGUGUGAUCAGAGAGUUCGAGGUUAUGCAAGGGAUGCAAGUGUCCAUCCUAAGCGAAAGACGUACACGUGCACCGUACGGCAUGGCAGGUGGAGAACCUGCCAUGAUGGGACGCAACACUUGGAUUAAGCAGCGCCGCGUGGAAGACGGUGACAUACCCGAGGAAACUUCCAACGAAGAUCUAGGACCACGCUACAUUAACAUUGGAGGGAAGGCGACGGUGUUCAUGGGAAAAGGAGAUUGCCUAUUGAUUGAGACGCCUGGUGGCGGAGGCUGGGGUAGGCCUGACGAAGGCCAGUUGGAGACUAAUGAGGCACACAAGCAUGCUUGGGAAGCGAGAGGAAGUUUCGCAGAGAGGGCUGCUGCGCAAGCUGGGUUCUAG